UGAACUGCACGAGACUAGCGGACAUGACCGAAAGGCUAAACACGCUUGAGGCCAAGAUCCUGCUGCUCGAGGCUGCAGAGCGAAGCCCACCGUUGGAAAACAACCUGCCAAUCACUGGGACAACAGCCACGUGGUACGACGAUUUGCUACCAGAUGCCUUUCCCCUGCUGAAUCCUGGAACUGUCCUGAGAAAAACAGUGGGAUCUGUUGAGCCUAAAGGACACAGAGGUGCAGAGGAGCAGCUAAUACCACAGGGGCUGCCAGGACAGGUUGGUCCUCCAGGCCCAGUUGGACCAACUGGUCUUCCAGGACCACCAGGGCCAAAAGGAGAGAAGGGACAACCUGGUGAGAGGGGCCCAGCAGGGCCUCCAGGGCUGUUGGGACCUCAAGGACCAAGAGGACUUCCAGGAGAAACUGGGAUCCCAGGUCCCCCAGGUCCUCCAGGGCCACCCGCCACCCCAAGCCUCCCUCUUACCUUCCAACAAGGGGUUCUCUACUCACUCCAGCCCACAGCUGAAAAAGAAAAUGGAGAACCCCAGCUGGCCUCCACCGUCAUAGACACCAUCAUGGCUGGCCUGCCAGGACCGCGGGGAGCCCCAGGCCCCAUUGGGCCACCAGGCCCACCAGGACCACCAGGCGCAUCAGGACCCAAAGGGCCACCAGGACCUAUCGGAGUCCCUGGAUCACAAGGCUUACCAGGUUCUCCAGGACAACCCGGGCCAAAAGGCUCCAAAGGAGACCGAGGAGAGAGAGGGCAAGCAGGUCUGACUGGAGAGAGGGGCAUUAAGGGACUUCCUGGUGAACCAGGCAAGAAGGGUGAGGAAGGUGACAAAGGUGCUGAUGGGGAAGGUGUUCAACAACUUCGAGAAGCUCUGAAGAUUUUAGCCGAGAGGGUAUUGAUUCUUGAGCACAUGAUAGGAAUUCAUGACUCUUUAUCUUCCAUUGAGCCAGGCUCUGGACAAGACGUGAUCCCAGGCUCCCCUCUGCGAACCAGCAUCAAGAUCAAACGUGGAGGACCCCAGCAGCCGCAGGCCUACCAGAUCCUCUCUUCACUGCUGGAUGACAGUGAAGCCAAAAGGAGAAGCAAUCGGAUGAAGGCAAGAUACAGCUAUCUGAAAAAGGCAAACUGUAUUGCUACGAUAUUUCCAUCAAAAGCUGUUGCAAAGACCAACAACUGUAUGGUCCAUGUACUCAGCAACCCUGGUCGUCCAAAGUGA